AUGGACUGCCGGUGGGACGAUGCGCUGCUUGGAUGCAGCGAUUUGCCUCGAGAGCUGCUCGAAAUUAUCCGAAUGGGCACCGACGAGCAGUAUCUGCAGGCCCUGACACGGACAGCACUGGAUCCUCGCCAUACAUACGCUCUUUUGGCGCAUUGCGAGCAUAUUGCGCCUCAUAUAUGCGCGUCGCUUCGAGCACUGGGGAGCGUUCCUUCCUCGAUAGCUACGAUAGGGCGGCUCUUGCCGUAUGCGCCAUACUUGACACCCUACGCCAUACGCCUCCUGAGUGAGGAAUACUCACUUGGCCAGAACAACGACCAUGAGGCCGACCUUCUAUACCUGCUGGGACUGUGGCGGCUUCUCCGGGUUAAUCACCGCGUUUUCCGCAAGUAUGUGACGUGUGCUGACCUCACACGAGCGUUAAAUCACGUUUGCGCACCUGCGCGAUACCUCAUCGUCCGUAUCCUGCAGAUACACCACGAGGCCUCGGAUCACUGGUUUGAGACGACGCUCAAGCACUAUCUGAACGACAAUAUUGCUGAGCUUGAAGGCACAUGGGACGAAAGAACGAUCAACUACCGCUUUCUCAGCCUGUGGGAGGAAGACCGCCACGCGAAGACUCUCCAACUCAUCUCUGAGGCCAGGCUCACAAGGUUGGUCGCAACGUCACCAGGACGCACGAUACCACUGGAGCUCUUGCACCCAUCAUGUGCUCUGAUUGGCGACAUUCUCCUGCCGCGCGCCAGCGACAAAGGCACCGAGACGGAUGCGAGCUUCAUUAGCACGCCAACUACUUCGGAGAACCUACGAAGAGUCGCGCGCGCCUUGAAAUCGAGCCAGCCCCUCCUGCUCACAGGCCUGUCAGGUUCCGGCAAGACUCGGCUGGUUCACAGCGCUGCUCAAAGACUUGGAAAGCUGGAUUCCAUGGUCACACUGCAUUUGAACGAACAAAGCGAUGCCAAGCUCCUGCUAGGCGUCUACACUACUGGAACCACCCCUGGAUCUUUUCUUUGGAAGGCAGGCGUUCUUACUACUGCUGUUCAGGAGGGCCGCUGGGUUUUGAUUGAAGAUCUCGACAGGGCACCCAAGGAAGUAUUGGGCACUCUUUUGCCACUGAUCGAAAAACGUCAACUUCUGAUCCCCAAUCGCAAAGAAACAAUCCAUGCUGCUGAAGGCUUCCGGAUUCUAGCUACCGUACGCAGCAAUGUGAAUCAUCAUGGAGAGGAGAGUAAGCCCUUGUCCCAUAUGCUUGGAGUCAGGCACUGGCAGACUGUGUCUAUUGCGAUGCCUGCUGUGUCCGAACUUUCCUCAAUAGCCCAGGCACUGUUCCCAAGCCUCGGUCAGCUCCUUCCACAGUUCAUGGCAGUGUACGAACGUCUCCUUGACACCCGACAGCGGUUAGCAGGCCAGAGCAAGACCGGUGUCGCCAGGCCCAUAAGUCCACGAGAUCUGUACAAGUGGUGUCAACGAGUCUCAAAACUUCUGGAUACACGCGAGAACUUCACCAGCCGCGAGGCUGAUGACAUCUACCUGGAGGCCCUAGACUGCUUUGUUGGUGCCCUGUCUCCAGGCCCUACGCGGACGUCGUUCUCGGAAGUCAUCGCCGAGGAGCUCAGAGUUGACCCACAGCGUCGAGACUACCUACUGGACUCGCGCGAAGUGCAGUACAAUGCAGAGAAGACCAAAAUUGCGAUCGGCCGAUAUUCUGUCCCUAAGUUCAAGCACACAAAGCCAGGAGAUGGCUCAUUCUCAACCAAUCCCCAUUCCACUCGUAUGUUGGAGCGUGUUGCUGCGGCUGUCGUCAAUCACGAGCCUCUGUUGCUAGUCGGUGAAACUGGUGUCGGCAAGACGACGGCUGUACAACACCUGGCCCACCAUCUUGGCAAGAAGCUGGUGCCUUUCAAUCUAUCACAGCAGAGCGAAGCAGGUGACCUGCUGGGAGGUUUCAAGCCGGUCAAUGCUCGGACUCUGCUAGUUCCAAUGAAAGACGACUUUGAUGAGCUUUUCAGCGAGAGCUUCAGCGCCAGCAAGAACAAGCAGUUCAUCGAUCUCCUAGCCAAGCAGACGAUCAAGGGCAACUGGAAGCAGGUCUGCAAGCUUUGGCGACAAGCGUUGAAGAUGGUGGACCAACAGCGCGCUGCCUCACCUCCACGCGAGGGCGAAGGUCCUGCUAAGAAGCGUAAAGUUGACUCCAAGCUGGCUAUCGACUUUGCGAGGUGGGAUCAUUUCUCACAGAAGGUCGAAGUCAUUGAACGGAAGCUGAUCACCAGUGGUGAUGCGUUUGCUUUCACGUUCGUAGAAGGCAACAUUGUGAAGGCGCUUCGCGAGGGUGACUGGGUACUCCUGGACGAAAUCAACUUGGCCUCACCAGACACCUUGGAAUCGAUCGCUGACCUACUAGACGCGGAUGCACCAUCGUUACUGCUCACCGAGGCUGGAGAGAUAGAACGCGUUAAGGCCCAUCCUGACUUCCGCGUGUUCGCUGCCAUGAACCCGGCCACGGACGUAGGAAAGAAGGACCUUCCACCCGGGAUCCGUUCGCGCUUCACCGAGCUAUACGUGGAGAGUCCCGACAAGGAUGCAAAGAGCUUGCAAAGUAUUGUUCGUGCUUAUCUGAGACAAGAGAGCGCGGCCGAUGCCUCUGUGCCAACGGACGUGACCAAGCUGUACCAGAGCAUCAUCGCACUAGCUGAUGCCAAUAAGCUUGUGGACUGCGCUGGUCAGAAGCCACACUUCUCUCUCCGUACGCUGACCCGGACUUUGAGCUACGCAAAGCACAUACAGUCUAUGUGUAGCUUACGGCGCGCUCUAUAUGAAGGCUUUCAGAUGAGUUUCCUGACGUUUCUAGAUGUUGAGUCGGUGAACUUGGUACAGCCUUUGAUUGAACAGCAUCUCUUCAGACGCACAAAUGUGGCCGCCGAGCUCAAGAAGGCGCUCCGACAGCCGGACGACGGUCGUGCGCACGUCCAAGGUCACCCAAGGAGCAAGCACUGGCUCCGUAAAGGACCCAACCCCCUUCAAGAACAGCAGCACUAUAUUAUUACGAACUUCGUCGAACGUAAUCUAGAGAAAUUAGUGCGCGCGUCGAGCACUCGUCGCUUCCCCGUGCUUAUUCAAGGACCUACCUCAAGUGGCAAAACGAGUAUGAUCGAGUAUCUUGCCAAACGUACCGGACAUACCUUCACGCGUAUCAACAACCACGAACACACGGAUCUUCAGGAAUAUCUGGGGACCUAUGUUUCCGGUACAGAUGGCCGUCUACAAUUUCAAGAAGGUGUCCUGGUCAAAGCGCUGCGAGAAGGGCACUGGAUUGUUCUUGACGAGCUGAAUCUCGCGCCCACUGAUGUUUUAGAGGCCCUCAAUCGACUGCUGGACGAUAAUAGAGAGCUACUGAUCCCAGAGACUCAAGAGGUAAUACGACCUCACGCUGAUUUCAUGCUUUUUGCUACACAGAACCCUGCAGGACUCUACGGCGGACGAAAGACACUGUCCAGGGCCUUCCGCAAUCGCUUCCUCGAGCUACAUUUCGACGACAUCCCGGUCAACGAACUUCAGGAGAUCCUACAUCGUCGAACACAAUUGCCUGAAUCUAGAUGCAGACGAAUCGUAGGCGUAUACAAAGAACUGUCGAUUCUACGCCAAGAAAAUCGCCUCUUCGAGCAGAAGAGUUUUGCAACUCUUCGAGAUCUGUUUAGAUGGGCUUUGCGGCCCAACGACACCCUAGAUCAGCUCGCGGCGAACGGCUUCAUGCUGCUGUGCGAGCGUGUUCGAAAGUCAGAGGAGCGUGCUGCUCUCAAGAGCACAAUUGAGAAGGUCAUGAGCGAGAAAGGACCAAAAGUGCGCAUCGAUGAAGAAGCAUUGUACGGCGAGGGCGCGCCAGAGGUGCAUCAAUACCAACAUAAUGCCACAAGCCCCGGCGUUGUGUGGACUCGCGCGAUGCGAAGAUUGUACGUCCUGGUUGCGCGCGCAAUCGCUAACAACGAGCCAGUGCUGCUUGUUGGCGAGACUGGCUGUGGCAAGACCACUGUCUGCCAAAUGCUCGCAGAUGCUGUCAAACAGGAGCUACAUAUGAUCAACGCGCACCAGAACACCGAGACGGGUGAUCUCAUUGGAUCUCAGCGGCCCAUUCGCAAUCGUGCCGCUACCGAGGCUGAUCUGAGAGAGAAGCUGCUCAACUCGUCAAAUUUGCGAGUCUCGGCACAUGGUGCUAUACAUACGACGGAUGCACUGUUGACCGCAUACGACCAAGCGAUCACUUCUGCGGAGCCAGAACAGAAAGCCAGAUACACAGCCAGUACCACCCAUCUCGAGAUACAGGCUGCGCGGACGCGGUGGAAAGCACUUUUCGAGUGGGCUGAUGGAAGCCUAGUGCAUGCUAUGCGCAACGGCGACUUCUUUCUGCUUGACGAGAUCUCUCUGGCGGACGAUUCGGUUCUUGAAAGGAUAAACAGUGUCCUCGAAUCCUCGCGGACCAUCUUACUGGCAGAGAAAGGCAGCCUAGACUCAGCUGUCAGCGCGGCGCCGGGUUUUCAAUUCUUUGCUACAAUGAACCCUGGUGGCGACUAUGGCAAGCGCGAGCUAUCUCCUGCGCUGCGAAACCGUUUUACGGAGAUAUGGGUGCCCGCGCUUUCCGACAUGAACGAUGUGUUGCAGAUCGUUCGAGCAAAGCUCACCAGCGUGGCUCAUCCUCAUGCCGAUGCAAUGGUGGCCUUUGCCAGCUGGUUCAAGUCACGCUUUGACACUUCAGCAAGUGCAUCAGUGUCCAUCAGAGACACUCUCGCGUGGAUCGACUUCGUCAAUGUCUUCGCAAAAUUGGAUGUCGCAGCAGCGGUCGUUCACGGAGCAGCAAUGGUGUACAUCGACACACUUGGGGCGAAUCCAGCCGGACUCAUUACACUCACUUCGCAGAGCAUCGAUGACGAACGCAAGGCGUGUCUGAACAAGCUCGGAAGUUUGCUAGACGUCGAUGCAAGCGUGAUCUAUGGCCAUACCUUUGAGAUCACAUCGAAUGAUGCUGCAUUCGCCAUUGGUCCUUUCAGCAUACCAAGGCCCUCGGGAGUAUCUGUCGCCAACGACACAUUCACGUUCAAUCCACCGACCACCCGUUCUAAUGCGAUGCGCGUGGUUCGGGCGCUGCAACUCAGCAAGCCUGUCAUGCUUGAAGGCAGUCCUGGCGUAGGCAAGACCACUCUAGUCGCUGCUAUCGCAAAGGCAGUCAACAUGCCACUAACACGCAUCAACUUGUCAGACCAGACUGAUCUACUCGAUCUCUUCGGCUCUGAUGCGCCAGUCGAAGGAGCUCAGACUGGCACUUUCGUCUGGCGCGAUGCCCCUUUCCUCCGAGCCAUGAAGAACGGAGAAUGGGUCUUGCUCGACGAGAUGAACCUUGCCUCUCAAUCUGUACUGGAAGGCCUCAAUGCCUGUUUAGAUCAUCGAGGCGAGGUCUACAUACCGGAACUGGGCCAAAGCUUUACUCGACACCAGAACUUCCGGCUUUUUGCUGCACAGAACCCACAUCACCAAGGUGGAGGGCGCAAGGGCCUUCCUGCUUCGUUUGUCAAUCGCUUCACAGUCGUCUAUGCGGAGUCUCUGCGGCAUGACGACCUCUUGCUGAUCUGUGGAGGCAAAUUUCCAGACCUUGACCGGCAAUAUCUUCAACAAGCUGUGGCGUUCACUACCAGGCUGAACGAGGAGGUUAGUCACAGGAAGACCUUCGGCGCCAGUGGUGGUCCAUGGGAGUUUAACUUGCGCGAUAUCGAACGCUGGCUAACGCUCGCCUCUUCGAGUCGGGAUCUGCUACGAGCUGGAACUUUUAAGGACUUCAUCACUUCGCUCUUCUUACAGCGCUUUCGCAGCGCGUCUGACCAAUCGCGCGUGACAGCUAUCUUCAGUGACAUCUUUGGCGCGGCGGUACAACAAGCCGAUUUGUUCUGCAACAUGUCGCCACAAACACUGCAGGUCGGUCUUGGCCUUCUUCCUCGCAACGACCUCACUGCAACGCCUCAAGACCUUUGGCUUCGCUCUCUGGCGCCAAACGCAUGCACUCUUGAGAUACUGCAAACUAUCAUGUUGUCGGUUCAGCAAAGCUGGCCGGUGGUGUUAGUAGGCUCUUCAGGCAGUGGCAAGACCAAGCUGAUCGAGCGACUGGCUGCUUGUGUCGGUGCCGAUGUGCUCACACUCGGCAUGAGUGCUGAGACAGAUGCAUUAGAUCUGAUAGGAGGCUACGAGCAGGCCGACCCUCAUCGACAGGCGUCGCAGGCUUUGCGCUCGAUACAUGGGAAGAUCGAAUCGCACUGCAAAGCAUUAACGUCCGCAGGCCGACCAGACGAAUCAGCGACAGUCCUAUCAGCGUCGUUGCUGCUGGAGUCAGGAAAGUCAGCGACCCACGAAGAGCUCCUACAUCACCUACCGGCGGCAUUGAGUGACAACUUGCGCUCCGAUCUGCGCCAAUUGACUGACAGUACCAAAGCUAUCGACAAAGCACGCUUUGAAUGGAUCGACGGUCCACUCGUCGAUGUGCUACAAGAGGGCAAGUGGCUCAUUCUAGAUAAUGCUAACCUUUGCAGUCCUUCCGUGCUGGACAGAUUGAACUCACUUCUAGAACCCGACGGCGAGCUCAUAAUCAACGAGCAUUGCGACGUUGACGGCCAGGCUCGGGUCCUCCGACCACAUCCCAACUUCAGGAUCUUCCUCACAGUCGAUCCCAAGAUGGGCGAGCUAUCGCGAGCCAUGCGCAACCGCGCUGUCGAGCUCUGUCUGGUGACUGAGCACACCUAUAGCCCACGGGAGCUGGCAAACACAGAUGGCUUGGACUGCGAGUCCACGAUGGCUAGAUUUCGUGCCGUCAAGACUGCUGGUCUCGAUCAAGCUACACACGGACCCAUCCGUGACCAUUUGAGCUCGAGAGACGAAAUUCUUGUACCCGCGUUGGAGCAACAGCUCCGUGACGGGCUCUUCGCUGGCUCUGACGGGACCAUCAUUCAGCUGCCCUACGUUGACGCCUCGAGCCAGGCUGAAGGUCAACUGCAAUCCUACUACGGCGAAGCGAUAAGCCACCUGCAGGUGCCUGCUGACUAUGCUUGUGUACAGACCCUUCACCCUCUCAAUAAUCAACCGCUUGUGCAACAUUCUCAACAGGCGUUUGCUGUUGCUCUGUCGUUGGCAGCAAAAUAUGACACUACCAGUCUCUAUAACACCAGCUACGAAGCCUUCAACAAGCUUCGCAUGGAUCGCAAGAGUACAGAGCGUCUAGCACGACUUUGGCGCUCGUUGUACCAAGGACAAAGCAGCUCGAGCAAAGCUAAGAAUAAUGCGGUCAUCGAUGCCAUACAGCAUAUGCUUGAGCCUGUCGAACUGUACCUGCAACAGAAGGUUGAGCCAAGUGAUGCUGUAGAGCUAUCAAGCCUGAAGGCCGUCAUCGUCAAGAUGCUGUCCUUUGUGCAGGUCUUCACACAGGCAGUGGGUUUGGAUGGACUGGACCACGCUUUCCUCACAGCAUGCCUCAUCGCUGGAAAAGACAUCUACAGUCACGCAAAAGGCAGUCUAUCUGCUACAGCUGCAGAUCUACUCGAAGCCUUUGCUUCAGCCAUUUCUCGGCUCACAAGCACGACGGAGGGUAGCAAGGGCCAGGGCUACGACAUCUUAUGGCAGACCAUGAGACCCGACAUGCCCGUCAGUAACGAUGGGUUACAAGCCAUGCUUCGCUUUGAAGCAGUCGUCGAGCGCUUCGACAAUGCCAUGGCAACCUUUCAGCUUCCUCUUGAGCAGAUCGUGGAAUUACGACAAGCGUUCUGUCAAACGCUGGCUCUAGGCUCACGUGCAGAGAACGAUCUGGAUGACCUCGCAGCAAAGGCAACGGCCGUCAUGCCGGCCGACACAGCCGAUCAGGAUAACGAUCAUGGUACUCGUGGACGUCCACAUUUCGCGAGCAGUUUUGAAAAAAUCUGUCAACAUCUUGCGCUGCUCUCCAUGCGAGAGCCACUUCCAUCAGCAAUUGAAAUCACUGCACUAGAAGCGCUUGCUCUCAGAAAGACCAAGGAUUCUUUCGGGGUUCUGCAGAACAUGACUGCUGUUCAGCGUACACUGCGCCUGCUCCGGUUGAGCUCGAAUCAUUCAGCAUCAUCUGAUACCGCCGGCACGCUGUCCAGGGAAGUAUUGCACAGCCUAUCUCGCACAAAGUCUGUGGAUCUACGGAACAUGGCUCUGCUUGAGGACGAGGCGAAGCAUCUUGGUCGCUCACUUGCGUCACAAGCACACCGACUCCAGGUCGACAGCGUGCCGAUCCUCGGCGCCUGUCUUCGUCACCUCGUAUCGUACGCGCGACUACAGAACCUCGAGUUACCUGCUAGUCUGUCGGUAGACUUCGAAAGCGAGAGUGCUCUCCAGCAAUCACAGGCAUGGACAGCCUUCGCGCUAGCUUGUCUCGACCACUUCAUACCAGAGCAACUUUUCGAUCCUGUCCAGGUAGCAGAAAUCCGCAGUUCUGUGCACCACCAAGCCCAGAACUACCUGCAAACAAAUCUCGCUGCCCUGCGUCAAUUCAGACUGCUAUGGACCGGCAAAGGCGAUUCUCUACGAGCACGCGUCCUCCAAGACGAUCUUGAGGCGUUGGGACCAGGUCCACAGACGAUUCAGAUAUGCAGGCCGCAGACUUCAAAACUGUCACAGUUGCAUAGCGAAUUCCAAGCGCUGUUGCGUGUCGUGCAAGGAUUGUGUCAACGUGGUGAGCUGCUCACUACCGAACCAGACCUUUGGCAGAAUCUGCUAGUCAUCAGAAUCCGGCUCUCAGAACAAUACCGACCUUAUGCGGAUCUCACCACUCCAGUAUGCGGAUUCAUCGACUGUUUGCUGGUGGCUCGACGACUCAAGUCAGUCGCGGAGAACGAGACACCUGCUGGAAGUGGAGAUGCAUCGCUGGACAGCAUUGUGCCUCUCGUCAAUGCUAUCUUCCCUCUGCAUAUGUCAGAUGAGCAUUUUCUGAAGGUCCGCGAAGCUCAUCCGUCGCGCCAAGAGCAGCUGUUCUGGCUCGCUGCCGUGGGCGUACGGUCCGGUGUUGCAUCCCUUUCUCGAGCUUCUCCUGCAAUGCAAGUUGCCGUCGAAAACGCAUUCGGAGACUUCUACAGAGCUUGGAAGAUCGAGCUUGGCUCUGAGCAGAGGCUCAACGCUGCAAAGUCGAGCUUGUUCAAGUACCGUGGUGGCGACGAUGACCAAGAUGAGGUUGAGCAGGCGCAGCUCAACGAGUUGUUUCCAACCUACGAAGACGGCGACAAUGGUACGCAUCAGGCAGCGCCCGACUCUGGGACGAGGAAAGCUCAAGAUGUGGCUCCACGAUUGGCUGAGCUGUAUCAUGCUGUUUAUCAUGCGAGUGGAACAUCGCCAGAAAAGCUCUUCGCCCUGCUUGAUGAUUUUGCUGCAAUUGCGGCGUCGAUGCCAUCGAAAUCAAGCCACACCAAGGACUUUACGGCAGUCUUGUGCGGCUUACGACGACUUGCCGCCAAGCUUGCACCUACAGAAGAGCAGUCACGCAAAGCAAACGUCUACACGGAAGCGAACAUCCAACAGAGCAGAGUCCUGGUGAGGAUCGUCCAUAAGCUGCAGCACCGCUUCGGUACUAUCAACAAAGCGUGGCCGGAGCACGCGACGCCGAUGGAAGUGUUGCGAGCAUGUGAUCAGAUCCUUACUCUCGGCCAUGCUGAGCCUCUUAUGCGCUACUUGCCCUCAGUCGAGAAGCUGCAUGCCACUGUGAACGAGUGGCAGAAGGUGGCAAGCUCUGAAUUUUCCGCAGCCACUCUGCUCGAGGAGAUUACCAAUUUGAUCAUCAGCUGGCGCAAGCUUGAGCUUUCAACCUGGCAUAGGAUGUUCGGAUACGAAGAUGAGCAAUGCCAACGAACUGCCGCCUCGUGGUGGUUCGUUGCGUUUGAAGCAAUUAUAGUGGCUUCAGAGUAUGCAGCUCAGAGGCCGGGAGCCUUGGGUCAAUUCACCCACGAUCUGGUUCAGACACUUGGCGACUUCCUCACAAAUUGUGGCCUAGGAGAGUACAGCGUUCGUCUGCGUCUGUUACGAGACUUUGAAGCUGCCCUCGCUAUUCGUGCAAUGCACGAGCCCGGCUUCGCUCGAGUUCGAGAAGCAAUCGCUAACCUCAUAUCUUUCUACGCUCGCUUCGAGACCACAGUGGCAGAGCAGCUAAGCCAGCGACGUGCGAAGCUCGAGAAAGAUAUCCAGAAUGCUGUCCUGGUAGCAAGUUGGAAAGAUACGAACAUCCUGACAAUGAAGAAGAGCGCGAAGGCUUCGCACAACAAGCUGUUCAGAGUUGUGAGGAAGUAUCGACAGCUUCUGGCUGACCCUGUCACGUCCAUUGUGCAGGCCGACUUCAUCAUGGUGAAGUUUGAGACAUCAGAGACCCAGGCCUCGCAAGUACUUGACUGGAACACUGAUAAGCCUGGAGCAGCGCCUCUUGCCCAGCCAUGGCUCAAUUCGUAUGCUGAGCUGCUCAGCAAGCCCGAGAUAAUCGCUCAAGAAUUCAUCACGAAGAUCACCAAAUCUACGACCUCUGACAGGGCUUCGAAAAAGAUCGAACGAUUUCUGCAAGAACUGCACGAUGACAGUGAAGAGCUAAGGAAAGAGACUCCAAACACAGCCACUGAAGACAAUAAGGUGGCGAUCAAGUUCCUCAAGCAGCGCAAGCGCAAGCUUUUAGCCAGCGUUUUCAAGGAUAUACAGCUGAUGGGCUUUCAAACCAACGUCAGCGAGGAUGUACUGGCUCAGCAAAGCUCGCUUCAUCUAGUGCUUGCCAGAACGACACCUCUGGCUCUGAACGCCCCUACGGCUAAUGCCCAAGCGGCCGAUCAAGAGUUCCACAGGCUCUUACAUAUCAUGCCCGCCGCUCGCGAAAGUGCCGUCAAGCAUAAUGAGGAUCUUACGCCGGCUGAAAUUGCCCGAGCGAAGUCACUCCUUGAGAGUAUGCUUCAGAUGACCUGCGAGCAACACGACAAGCUCCAAGCUUAUCUCAAGAAUGUGGCAGCUUUGCAAGUCGGUAUCGAGCAGCUCAAGAAUUUCGCCUCGGGCGAAGCAGCCCAGCUCGUAGAGUCAACACGGCGGUCGAUCGAGUACUUCAAAGCAGAGACAGCAUCACUGAGCGCUGUGCUACAAGCCACUAUCCGAUGCAUCGAUCAUCAAGCCCAGCUUGCCGGUAACGACUACUCGCAGGCUAUCGCGGAACUGACAAGUCACGAUGCAGACUUAAGCCUCAUUAGUACUGAGCUUGCCGCGCGACCUGAUCUUCCCGCGGGCGUCAAUGAUGCAUCUCUGAGAUCGCUUGAGGACCGCUAUUCGGCUUUUGUGAGUAGCACUAUUCCUGACACUACUAAGUUCAUCAGCGGCAAACACUCUGAACUGGAACCCGUUCUCUCACAUUUGGUCAACUGGGCCAAGCCUUUGGACACAAGCGCGAAGAGCGUUGCGCACGAGGCGGGACAAGACGUACAGAUCACGGCCCAUGCUCUCGUACAAGCUCUAGAGAACCUGCGUAUGUCUCAUGCGCAAGUCACAACAGCUGCCAGCGAGAGCACCAAGAAGCGCCGUGGCAAGGAAGCUUGGCUACUUGAACAGUCGAGCCAGCAACAAGCCGGUAUCGAUAUGCUCCAAAUCGAGCAAUUGUCUGAUCACGUCACACAAAUGCUUGCUUCGUUGGGUAAUGUUGCGGACCCUGCCACAAACCUGGGCGAGGUCGCUGCCAUCUGCUAUAAGAUCAUCCCAAUUCUGGAUGCAUAUACCCAGAUCUCGAUUCGGUCGGUAGUCAAUGCAUGCGACCUUCACGCCGCUACCAGCAAGAUGGCCUAUCGGCUUGCGACGAUGUUCACUCAGCUUGCCCGCCAGGGAUUCUGCCAGCCUUCGGAAAAGUCACAAGACAACGAAAAAGACGCUGGUCAAGCUGAGAGUGGCACUGGGCUUGGCGAGGGCGAGGGUGGCGAAGACAUCAGCAAAGAUAUCGGAGACAACGAGGACUUGUCUGAGCUUGCCCAAGAUGCAACUUCGAAGGACAAGGAGGGCGAAACCGAGGCUGAGAAGGAUGCGGUCGAUAUGGCUGAUGAAGACUUGCAAGGGGGAUUCGACGAAGAAACUGGCCCCGAGGACGAGGAUGAAGCCAAAGAAGGAGAUCAGUCUGAUGCUGAAGUUGAUGAAGAAGCAGGACACGUAGAUGAAGACGAUGGAGCUGUUGACGAGAAGACUUGGAACGACGAGAAGUCGGGAGAGCCAGAGAAAGAAGCCGAUAAGGGUCAGGGCAACAAGACUGAAGAUGUUGCGGCGGCUGGCGAGGAGGCCAAGAACGCAGAAGACGAGACACCUCAGGAGCAGGAGGAGGAGGACGACGCCGAGGCCGAUGCUGACGCGGACGCCGGUGCUGACGAGGUCGACAACGAAGCAGAGCCCGGCCAGACCGAGAAGGCGGACCCACAUAUGGCUGAUGAGCAGAACCUGGAGUUGCCUGACGAUAUCAACAUGGAUGGUGAAAAAGACGAGCUUAGUGAGAUCUCUGAUGACGACGGCGACGAUCUCCAGAAUGUGGACGAUGCGGCUGCUGAGGAUAAUGACGAGGCUGUACGGGACGAUGGCGACGUGGAGAUGGGUGAAGACGAAGGAGAUGAAGCUGAGGAGAAUGGCGAGGCCACCGCACAAGAACAGGACGAACAAGCGCCUGAGAACGACGAGGAUGACUCGAAGUCUGACGUUGCCAUGUUGAACAAGCACGACACGGAACAAGAUCAUGCAGAUUCCGCGCCCGCAGACGCUGGCCAGGGCCACGAUCAAGAAGACAAUGCGAAGAGCAAUGGUACACUUUCGAACGCGGAACAAAUGGAGCAGGAGAAUGAACAAGAAGAAGCCAGUGCGCAAGAUGGCACAGCCGAGGGUGGCAGCAGUCGGCAAGCAGACACUGCUAAUGGGCAAGCAGAAGCCGGCCAGGAAGAUCAGCAAACGCUUCCUUACAAGCAGCUUGGAGAUGUGCUCAAGAAAUGGUACGAUCAACAUCGAAACAUCGAGGCUGCUAAGGACGCUACGGAGCCGACUGAGCAGACCGAAGAGCGUGAGGCCAUGGAUGAUGCCCGCUUCGAGCAUACCGAUGAUGCAGAGACCGAGAUGCAGGCAACUGGUGCCGCUGAUGCUGAGCAGUCUCGCGCACUUGAUCAGCAGAAUGCACAACCGAUCGAGCAGGAAGAUGAUCGAGACAACGCCGCAGAGCUCAAGCAUGACGCCGAGCAGGCCGUCGAUCAAGAUCAGGAAGAUGUCGAAGGAGGCGGCGCUGACAGCAAAGGCGGAGACAUGGUUUCAAGACAAGACAAAGCCAUGGUUGGGCAGCCUACAGAUGUUGACAUGACCUGGCAAGACGAACUGCAGCAACAUGAGACUGAGGAUCUCGAUGACAUGGACCAGCAGCUAACGGCAACCCAUCUGGACUCCGAUCGACCAGACUUGCUCUCAAUCGAGGACGCUCGUCGGGCCUGGAAUGAACACGAGAGCAGAACCCGCAACAUGGCCAUUGUGCUGACUGAACAUCUGCGUCUCAUUCUACAGCCAACACAAGCCACAAAGAUGCGCGGCGACUUCCGAACAGGAAAGCGACUCAACAUCAAGAAGAUCAUCCCUUACAUCGCCUCAUCCUACAAGCGCGACAAGAUUUGGAUGCGCCGCUCCGUACCAAGCAAGCGCUCCUAUCAAAUCAUGCUGGCAAUUGACGAUUCGGAAUCCAUGGACGAAAGCGAACGCAAAGGUCUUGCCUUCGAUACUCUGGCCCUUGUCUCGAAGGCUAUGUCGAUGCUCGAAGUCGGUGAGCUCUGUAUUGUUGGCUUCGGCCAGACCGUCAACAUCAACCACGACUUCAGCAUGCCCUUCACCUCCGACACCGGCGCAGAGGUCUAUCGUCAAUUCAGCUUCGCUCAGACCAAGACUGACGUCCACAAACUUCUUGAGCAGUCCAUCGACCUCUUCCGUACUGCUAGGCUGAAAGCCUCUGGGUCAGCGAGCGAUCUUUGGCAAUUACAGCUGAUCAUUUCAGAUGGCCAUUGCGAGGAUCACCCGAGUAUUCGACAGCUUGUAAGACAAGCUCAUGAGGAGCAGAUCAUGGUUGUAUUCAUUGUUGUCGAUGCUACAGCGCCAGCGACCGGAGCAGCCGAUCAAAAGCAGAGUAUCAUGGAUCUGAAAGAGGCAAGAUUCACGACUGUCAAUGGUGAGUCUGAGCUAGAAAUGAUCCGGUAUCUGGAUCACUUCCCUUUCAGGUACUACUUGAUUGUGAGGGAUGUGUUGGAGUUACCAAGUGUAUUGGCUGGGGCGUUGAGGCAAUGGUUUUCGGAGGUGGUGGAAAGUGGUUAA